UCAGGUGCGGACGAGCUCCUCUGACGAACGCAGUACAUUCCGGAGAAUUCGUGGAAUCUGACAGCAGCUCUGAGAUUACCGUGAAUUUCCUUCAAUGAAGCUGCACGUGCUGCUCAUGGCGGUGUCUCUCAGUGUGUUCCUCUCGCACUCUGGUGAGUCCGCUCCAGGACACACGGACACACAGCUACCGGUUCUGACGCACUUAGGAGAGGAGUACUUCAUCAGACUGGACAACGACCGGAGAUCACCGCCGCACACCGAGGCGCUUCAGCUUCAGCUCACACAGCGGAUGUUAGGAGGUCAGGUCGGUAGUGUCGGUAAUAAAAUCGUGCACAGUCUCGAAGAGCGCGAGCGCCGGUCCGAAGACCCUCCCAUUUCACUGGAUCUGACUUUCCACCUGUUGCGCGAGGUGCUGCAGAUGGCACGAGCCGAACAACAAGCCCAGCGGGUGAGCAACAAUCGCAAGAUGAUGGACUUCUUCGGGAAAUAA